AUGGCUGCCCACAUCUAUGCCACGGUGAAGGAGCAGUCCACUCUGGCGCUAGCGGUGGCGGCGGCGGUGCAGUCACCGGCGGUAGCUGCUGCCUCGCUACAGUCAGCGCAGAACCUGAACGGCAUGUGGCUCAAGGACAAGGAUGCAUCGGACUCCAUGGAUCCCGCGAUGGAUCUGAUGGGCCUCAACGGGCUGAUCCGCAAGGCCAUCAAUCUGGUCAGGGGCGUGGAGAUCAGCAUCACAGAUGACACCUUCGAGAUGGCCAUAACCAGCGUCAUCCCCUGGUUCAAGGUGAGGGAGAAGUAUCCGCUGACCAGCGAGGAGAGGCAGCACAGGAGGAGGGAUCUGAGGAGAGGUGGGGCGCGCGGGAGGGUGAGCUUGCACACAGACGGAGCCUUCAGGAUAGACCUGGUCUGGCCGGAGCCGCAUGGAGGCACCGGCUAUGACCUCUUCUAUGUCUUGGAUGAUGUCAACACUCUGCGCGUGGAGUCAGCCAUCACAGUCGGGGGCAGGACGGCCACCUACAGUGUCAUUUACCGCCGCCGCAUGUGA